AUGAUACAGAUUCGAAGACGACUAUGUGCAUCACUUCAAAAAUGCACCAAUCGAUUACAUUGGAAGACUCUAUCGUUUGUCAUAAAUCACUGUGGCAAUUCUCUUCAAUUUUCCAUUCAAGCCACAGUAUCGCCAUCACUGAAAUUUGAAAAAGAGCAAAAGCCGCCAGUAUCAUCAAAUCAGGAACAACAAGAACAGAAAGCUACAAAAUUGAAAACAAGUCCUAAAAAUAGGCCUGCAGAAGAUAACACACUACAGGAGUCGUUGAAACAAGCUAUGCUGCUUGAAGCAAAAAAAAAUGUCAAAUUGGCCUAUUCAAACAUCAAAAACUGA